CCUCCCCGCCGGCGUGGUAACAGCGUACAGCGCACACGGCAUACCAUUACGACAUGAUGGGCUCGAUGGGGAGGUUCGGCACGUUGGGAGCGGGGCUGGCGGCCUUCGUGCUUGUGAAUGGCGUAAUCGCGUUUUCCCCUUCCUACAUUCCUGGGUAUUCCGGCCCUGGCCCGACGGCACGCUCCCCGCUGUCCUCAAGGGGGUGCGGCAGCAGGAGCUCCGAAAAAACACGGCCGUCAGCAUCAACCGCAAGGGUCGACUUCGGUGGGGUGGACCAUGACCACCGGUCUGAAGGAAGCAAGAGGCGGUUUCAGUUGCACGCCGCGUCGGCAGCGGUUCCCCCGGAGGCGGCACCAAGCGGGACGGCGGGCGACGGAGCGGAAGCGGAUAAGUCGGUGAUCGGCGCUGUGUAUAGGUUCACGCGGCCGCACACGAUCAAAGGGACGAUUCUCGCUUCGGUGACGGGCGUGGCGAGAGCUCUCAUCGAAUCCCCUAACGCGAUCAGCUUGGAUCUGGUGCCGAAGGCUGUGCUCGGGUUGCUCUCGCUCCUCCUGGGAAACGCGUUUAUCGUCGGCAUCAACCAGAUCUACGACAUAGACAUCGACAAGGCAAAUCAUAUCAACAAGCCGGAGCUCCCGGUGGCGUCGGGGGAGAUCAGCAAGCGCCUGGCCUGGGCAUUGGUGCUGGUCAGCCUCGCGGCAGGCCCCGCCAUCGUCUACACCUCCUUCAGCCCCCUCAUCUUCCGCCUCUACUCCCUGGGCCUGUUGGUCGGCGGCCUGUACUCGGUGCCCCCGUUCACCCUCAAGCGUUUCCCCGUCGCGGCCGGGCUCAUCAUUGCGUGCGUCCGCGGCUUCCUGCUGAACUUCGGCGUCUACUACGCCGUGCGAGAAGCGCUAGGGGUGGCCUUCCGGUGGAAUCCGGUGGUGUUGUUCCUGGCGAGGUUCAUGGUGGUCUUCGCGGGGGUCAUCGCGGUCGCUAAGGAUUUGCCGGACGUGAAGGGGGACAAGGAGUACAAGAUCUCGACCUUCGCGUCGAAGAGGGGAGUCAAGUUCACGGCGCGAGCGGCGUCGGCGGUCCUGGCGGUGAACUACUUGUCCGCAAUCGCGGAGGGGGCCCUGUCGCCCGCGGGAACUUUCAACAGGCGAGUCAUGGUCGGCGGUCACUCGGCGCUGCUGGCUAUCCUCGGACUCGCUAUCCGAAAACUCGUUCCGGAUGACCAGGGCAGCAUCAAGCGGUUCUACCUGCGCAUCUGGGAUCUCUUCUACCUCGAGUACGCCAUGUACCCGUUCAUGUAGUCGUCUUCGUCGACAUAUACCCGUUCGUGUGGUGUCGUCUUCGACAUGUACCCGUUCGUGUAGUGUCGUCGUCGACAUGUGCGUGUUCAUGCAGUGUCUUUGUCGUCGUGGCCAUGCAGCCUGCCGAGUGACGCUCGGUGUGCAACGUGUCGAGUACAGAGUCGUAUGAUAGCAGCUCAGACAUUAGUGGGUACCUCAGCAGAAGGGGACUCCGAUACAAGAGGGUCCAAUUGGCUGUCUCGGACUCGACCCGCUGUAGUAUAGUUUAGGUACCCUCUUGUUCGGGCGUAAGAGGGGGCUCCGAUGUUGGAGGGGCGAGGGAUCUUUGUCGCACCACCCGCUUUUGUCGGAGCCGUGACUGUGCGCCCUUGUAACCGGUUUCUGUGUUGUCGGCGGCGGCGGCGGCGGCCGGGUGGCUCUCGAUUUAUAACGGGACUUUGACGUCUGCACUCCCAGGUGGGGUGCACGCGGCUCACAACCACCGCUUCGGAAUCGAUAGUUAGUUCUUGUUGUUUCUCUUUGUUUUGCGCCGGUUUGCCUGUGCAGUGACUGCGGGCGUGCUGGAGGAGUAGUUCUGCCUGUCAUGAAUUCUGGGUUGCUGUUUUUCCUCGAAAAGCGGGAUCUGCCCACCCGGAAGUGUGGGGCAAUGCCCGAAAUAAAUAUCGAGAUAUCUAGGUAUCUCAAGCCCGCACCAUCAUGUCGGACUGGAUGUUGCAGCAGGGUUUUUCGAGAUCGUACUUGUACCGGGCUGCGUGACCCGAUUGCAGUCAGCUCACCAUCCACCUGUUGUUGUUGUGUUGGUUAAGGAAUGCACACAUUGGAAAUUGGGUUGAUCCAAGGCACGUUUUUUGCUGAAAGCGGAGGGACGUCGAAGGGCGGGUGCUCGCUCUCCCGUAACGGUCGAGUUAGAGAAGAAAUGACAAGCAUGCUAAAUAGACUAGAAGAUGUCAUUUUUUGUUGGGGGCGGGCAAGAGCGGGAUGUAGAUGCGAUCGAGCCCUGCCGAGAAACGGGCUCUGUUUAUCAGAAAUAUGUAUCAAGGGCCGAACCUUGUCCUUUGAGGCAUUUUUCCGUGGCGUUAACACAGCUGGGGGGGGGGUAGCGCGACGCCGACAUUUUAGGCAGCAGCUGCGUUCGCUCGCGAUAUUUCAAGACCGGGUUGACAUCGGUCGCUGCUCUAUCUUGCAGGGGGUCCCUCGCAACAUGUCCAUGUGCCGAUGCUUGGGUGAUACCAACAGGCACACUCAGGACCGUCUUGCGAAGCAGGUGCCCUCAGUUUCCCACUGAUGAUGUUUUGUUCAUCAGCACCACAUACAUGAGUA